UUCUCCUUCUCCGCUACGAAUCCCACCGCCACCGUUCGCCGCCGCGCAUAUCCGCCGGAGUGAAAAUGACGAGAUUGCAUUUGAUGAUAUUCCUCCUGAUCUCUCUGCCGUGGCUGUCUACGGCCGAGAUCAAGAAGCUGAAGAUCAGUGCCGAUUCUCGGCCGAUGAUUUUGUUCGAGCGGUUCGGUUUCACGCACAUGGGACGCGCCACCAUCAGCGUGUCGUCGGUGGCGGUGUCGUCCACCGUGGCUCCGCCGGAGCCGUCGCAGCUAGGUUUCUUCCUCCUCUCGGAGGAAUCGCUGAUCCAAGUCCUCUUGGAGCUCCAACAGAACGGAGCGUUUUGCGUUCUGGAUUCAAAGUACAUAAAUCUCCUCUUCACCUUCCGCGAUCUCUCGCCGCCGCCGGCCUCGUCGUUCAAUCGCUCCUAUCCGAUCACAUUCCCUGAUGAAUACUCUCUGUUCUUCGCGAAUUGCGCGCCGCAAUCGAAGGUUUCCAUGGACGUUAGGACAGAGCUCUAUAAUCUCGAUCGGAAAGGCCGCACCAAGGACUACCUCUCCGCCGGCCUAACCCUACUCCCGGCUCUCUACUUCCUAUUCUCCCUCAUCUAUUUCGGAUUCACCGCCGUCUGGACGCAGAUCUGCUGCGCUAAUCGCCAAUCGGUGCACCGGAUCCAUCUAUUAAUGGCGCUUCUCCUCAUCAUGAAAGCCCUAAAUCUCCUCUGCGCCGCCGAGGACAAGCAUUUCGUGAAGGUCACCGGAACCGCACACGGCUGGGACGUUCUAUUCUACAUUUUCCAGUUCAUCCGCGUGGUUUUACUCUUCACAGUAAUCAUCCUAAUCGGCACCGGCUGGUCUUUCCUGAAACCGUUCUUACAGGAGAGAGAAAAAAAGGUAUUGAUGAUCGUCAUUCCUCUCCAGGUCCUAGCCAACAUAGCCUCCGUCGUAAUCGGCGAAACCGGUCCUUUCAUCAAAGAUUGGGUGACCUGGAACCAAGUCUUCUUAAUCAUCGACAUCAUUUGCUGCUGCGCCAUAAUUUUCCCUAUUGUUUGGUCCAUCAGAUCGCUGAGAGAAACAUCGAAAACCGACGGGAAAGCCGCGAGGAACUUAGCGAAACUCACACUUUUCAGGAAAUUUUACAUCGUCGUUAUCGGAUACCUUUACUUCACAAGGAUCGUGGUUUUCGCCCUCAGGACAAUUUCUGCUUACAAGUACCAGUGGGUGGCCAAUGCCGCCAAGGAGAUGGCUAGUCUGGCGUUCUACAUCACCAUGUUCUACAUGUUCAGGCCUGCGGAGAAGAACGAAUACUUUGCGCUCGACGACGAAGACGAAGAGGCUGCUGAGCUUGCUCUUCGCAGCGAGGAAUUUGAGCUUUGAAAAUUGAAAUUCAUCCCAUUUUUGCAGUCAUGUUUUUACUUUUUAGUCAGUCAUGCAUACAUGUAUAGCAACCAAGAUUUGCUUUAAUUUAUUUACUUUCUCUACCAUUAUUUUCUCCCUUUUUUGGAAGCCAUUAUUGUAGCUCAAGAAUCAUGAGCUCAGUUCUCAGAUAAUGAAAUUCAAUUCUCAUGCAAUAUCAAUUACUCAUUUAUAUGUUA